GAAUUCAGGACACAGAAUAUUUUAUUAUACUAUGAUGAAAGGAAUCAAUGGCCUGCAGUUUACAAGAAAAAUAAGACAUGCAGAGAGAAAGAAGCCGUAUUGUUCAUACCCAAUGGACAGUUAAUUCCUUUAAAUGAAACAACUUUCCGUUCCGGAUGCUUUGACAGUAUGGAAGAAGGCCUAGAAGGUUGGAUCCACUGUCACAGUAGAAGGACAUUUCAAUCGCGAAGAGAACGAUGGUGGUUUAUCGCCAUUAGUAACUGUGACACAAAAAAGGGCUUGUAUUUGAGGUACAGAAUCACAAUGACUAAUGAUGAGCACAAUUUAUGGUUCAAACAUUUUUCUGCGGACGAAUUGUAUAUUUUGCAAGUGGAUAUUUGUUUUCUUGUGCUGUACAUUGUGCUUCUACUUAUGUCCUUCGUCGAAACUCAAGCGCUUCGAGCUCGUCACCUCUUACACAGAACCUAUUUAUUAUACCUGCUUUCUGUCAUCCUUGAAUGCUGUGGCUUAUCCUUUCUUUGCGCAUAUUAUGCAAUUUAUGCGCAACAGGGAUCUUCUGGAGCAGGACUGAAACUUAUGGGCAAAGUUUUUGAAGCUCUAAGUACGUUAUUCUUACUAGCUUUGCUGAUAUUUAUCGCAAAAGGUUACACUGUAACACGAGGAAGACUUCGCCAAAGAACGCUGCUGAAAAUAAUCGGAUUCUUAAGCUUGUAUGUCCUCGUUUAUGCAUCAUUGUUCUUGCAUGAACAGAAAUUUUUCGACCCAGGAAAAGUUUUGUAUCUCUACGAGAGCCCUGCUGGUUACGGCAUCAUUGCACUUCGCCUUCUCGGUUGGGUUUGGUUUGUCUACGCUGUCAUUUUUACAAUGAUCCACUAUCCUGAGAAGUCACAUUUUUAUACUAAAUUGUUUUUACUCUAUUCUGUGUGGUUUCUUUCUGCCCCUGUCGUUAUAUUAAUCUCUACUUUUAUAGUGCCAAAAUGGGUCAGAGAAAAGCUUCUCAACACCGUAGAAUUAUUCAUAUCAAUCAUUGCACAUCUCACAUUUUUUAUUCUUACUAGACCAUCGAAAGCAAAUAAAAACUUUCCAUAUCAUGUGCGAACUUCACAGAUAGGUGUGAUGCUGCAAAGUAAUGGCACAACACCACUAGGAGACAGUUCUAUCGAUAAAUUUUCUCAUCAUCCAUAUGCUCUUACAUCACCAAAUCCGACGCCAAAUUAUACUGCAGUAUUUGGAGUGCCACCAAAUGCAGAUCACGUUACUCCCACAGAAAUGGUUUCCUAUGGGCCUUCAUCAAAUGCUUCAAGAACGACACGCCUCACGAGUUAAAAGUAUAAGAAGUUUAAUAACCAUGGUCAUAUUUUGAUGUUUAUGGCUGAGUGUAUUAUGAAAUUGACUGAAACAGAUAUGAAUAUCAGAAACGAAAAUGGACUGUAUUUAUUCAUUGAAAACUGAAUUGUUUAUGAUAGAAAAUAUAAAAAAAUAAUCAUGAUUUCAUAAAAUCUUUUGCUAUUUCAUUUUUUUUUUUUUUCUUUUAGCAAAUACAAAACUUCAAAUAAACAUACCAGGAGUUGAAAUAUGUUUACAUAUUGAUUAUGUAGUAGCAUUCUGUCUUUAUUCAUAUCAAAGUUCUUUUUUUGCAUCUUAAAUGUACUCAUAAAGACAUACAUUUUAAACAAAACUGCUGAGGCUUCACGUAUAAUACGCGUAUAAUACAAUGCACUUAGCAGUUAUUAUUUAAAAUUUUUUUCAACGCUUAAGAAAUUUUUCUUUUGACGUUCUAAAGCCAGCGACAUGAUUUAAUAUUUAAUUAGAGGCAUCUCUCUUUUUGAUGUAACUAAUGAUAUCAAAUAUCAAGGAUAACGUUAAAUAUAUAUACAAAAUAGUAUACUUACGAAUAAAUAUUUUAUGUUUUUAUCCAAUUGCAACAUAGUCACUAUGUAGUAUUCUUCUGUUAUCAGGACCAGAUUCAGAAAUGUGUGUAUGUUUGCACAUGUAUAUGGAUGUAUGUGCAUAUAUGUAUGUAUACACACACAGACACAUAUGUAUGUACAAAUAUGCAUACAUAUAUGAACACAUCCAUCCAUUCAUUCAUACAUGCAUACAUACGUAUAUUUCUGGACCCGGUCCCGAUAACAGAACAGUACAAACCAUUUCUUUCCCAAUUAGUAGUAUCAGUACGAUAAUACUACCUGAGAAGAAGUCUCUGAAUAACCAAGGGUUGAAAAGACCUUUAGUAAAAUAAUUCUUCCUAGUCUUGUAGAGACAUUAGGAUAGCCAGAGAAUUUUGGAAGCCAGAGAGAUGAAAAAUUAGCAAACGCCUUCGCCGGGAAUCGAACCACGGACCUCUGGAAUACCGGCCCAGCGUGC